GUAAACAAACUAUAUAUAUUUUAAAGGUCUUUAAAAGCUUUAAAGCAAAAAACAAAAACGAACAAGUCAAGAGAGCAUUUUGUUGUCAGGUGUCUUAAGAGCCAAACUCAAUCGAUAAUAAUUCCACAAAAGCUUUAUACAAAAAGCUUUCAUAAAUCUAGUUUAUAUGGGACGUACCAUCAAACUUAGAAAGCAGUCUAAGAAGUAGAACCAUAAGUGCGACAUCAUGGCCGAGGGUAGUUUCCAUGCCGAAGAGUUGAAUACGCCAGAGUGGCUAAAUGAGCAGUUUAUAACUAAAGUUCUAAGUGAUUACGAAAAGGAACCAAGCCUUAAGGUCACCAAUUUGGCUUUUACCCCCGCAAGUCCUAAAGGUGACCACUAUGCCAGCAUUAUGUUUCGUGCAAGGGUGGAAUAUACCAUCCAGAAUGGAAACUUUUCCAAAUCGCUGAUCAUCAAAACAAUGCCGGUGGAAGAGGGUAACAAAAAGGAUAUGUUUGAAAAUUCGCCUAUAUUCAAAACUGAGAUUGGAAUGUAUAGUAAGGUCCUGCCGGAGUGUGAGAGGAUUCUGCGGGAAGUGGGUGACGAGUCCAAGCUGUACGUGGACUGCAUCUACCACAGUCUAAGACCAAGACAGAUUAUAAUCUUUGAAGACCUCGUGGAGAUGGGAUACCUAGUGGUGCGCAAUCGAUGGCUCACUCAGGAGGAAAUUUGUAGUGCCUACUCAAAGCUGGCUAAAAUCCAUGCAAAUAGCAUGAAGAUGAUAAUGGAGCGACCCGAUUUCCUGAAGGACUUUAGGCACAGCAUGUACGAUAUACCUGCUUUUGUGGACGGUCCCAUUUUGAACGGCGGAAUGGGUCCCUUUUUGGAACUGUUGGGCCGCAUUCCUGAGCUGACAAAAUACCAGCCGCACUUCGAAAAGAUCAGACUUCACUUUAAAGAUAGAAUGAGGGAAAUUAUGCUGGGGUAUAAAAACAAUCCCCAGCCAGGAUUAUACGUUCUCUGCCAUGGCGAUUACCACUCCCGAAAUAUGAUGUUCAAACACAAUAAGGAAACUGGAAGACUUGAGGAUUGCAUGCUGCUUGAUUUCCAAGGCUGCAUUGUGGUUCCCAUGGCCGUUGAUCUGAUGUAUUCCAUUUACAUGUUGAUGGGGCCAGAACAGCGAUCCGAUGAGUUGGAGACUCUGCUGAAUUACUACUUUUCAACCGUCGUGGAAACGCUCAAGAAGAUUGGUUAUCAGGGAGAAAUGCCCACUCUUUCUGGAUUUUGGUCGGAAAUGAAACGCCAUAGAUAUUACGAGUUCCUGUUGCUAAGCACCAUAUUCCCGAUGGCCGUGGGUCUAAGAGUCUAUUCCAUGGACCUAGAGGAACUGAUCUACAACGAAGAAACUCGUAACAAAGUUUAUCAACUAAAAGAAACUGUUGAGGAAACCAAAGUAAUGCUGGCCAGAUUUGAAAAAUCCGGAUAUUUUGAAGAUCUGUAACCCAUUAAUGGUAUUACUAGGCAAAUUAAAAAGAUAGUAUAAACGGAAUAUUGGUUACUGCUAAAAAUAUUAAAGAAUAAAUGACUUGUUGUGAAAGAUUCAUUAAAUUUAAUUAAUGAAUUACAGAUUUA